GGGAGGGGGCAGCCGCCAGGCAGAGAAAGGAGUUGAAGCUUUCGGGGGGGGGGAAGGAGGAGGAUGUGCUUCUGCGUUGCUGUUGUCACACCCCUGCCUCGGAGCCGACAAGGGAGCAGAGUCCAGUAGGAGUCAGAGCAGAUACAGCCGCCGCCGUCGCUGCGGUAGACGACCAGUUUCCGAACAAACUCCAAGGCACGAGCGACUUCCCUCCCCCCCCUUUUCUUCUUGGUCUUGGCGCGAGUUGGCCGCGCGCGACGAGCCGCGCGCAGCGGCAGCUGCCAGCAGACUGAGAAUAGCGAGGCGGGGCUUGGUUUGUGUGGGAUUGUACCAGCCCGCUGGGGGAGAUAGUGCGUGGAGCCCUCAGGGCGGAGACAGUGGCUUCUCCUCCUGGGGAGCUAGGGCGAGCUCUCGAGGUAAAGCAGCGAAUUGCUGAAGGGGAUUAAGUCCUGUUGAGCCUAUGUUAACAGCAACCAUAACGACAGUUCUGUAGCACGAACAGUACGAGUCUAUUCAGAAGGAAAGCCGCACUGAGACCCGCUGAAGACAACAGGUUGACUUUACUGUGGCUGGAUUCUCAGUGCUGCUCUCUGUCUCUCUGUGUGUGCUGUGUCUGAUUCAGGAUGAUCACUUCACAUAAGAGUACCUCAUCUGGUAGAGCAACAGAGGCAGGGCAAUGUGCUCAGCAUAUUAACAUGUCUCCAUGCUGCUGAUUCAAGAGAAAGUGGAAGCAAGGAGGACAACCAUAUAGCAAUAUCAUCAAGGGAUUUAUAUGAAAUUCUUUUGUAAACUUGGUGACCAGCUAUCAAGAUAAUGCCAAGGACACAGACUGCUAAUUCCAUCUAUGUUUGAGUGAUUCUUCAGUGAAAGAUGGGGAAUUCAGAAAGUCAGUACAGCCCUCAGGGAACAAAAAAUCAUACUAAUUCUACAUCCAGUGCCAAGCAGAAGCCUUGCUCUCUGAAAAUUCACAGCAUCCAUGCUAAAGAUGAGAAGUCCUGUUCCAUACAUGGGUGGAGUCACAGCAUCAGUGGCACAAACUACAAAUCUCGAUCAAUAGCCAGAAGCUGCCUUUCACAUUUCAAGAAUACUCAGCCUUAUUCCUCUAGAUUCGGUGACCUAGGAGUGAAAGUUUCGAAGAGCAGCAGUCAUGCCAAGCAUAGGACACAUGCCUUGGGAAACUAUAGCCAAGGGAGCAAUAAUGCAAUUUUGCCUGAGAAUGGUUUUCACUAUAUUGACUUUGAAGCUACCAACAACCAUGUUGCCUCCAGGGAAUGUAAUGGGCACUUCUUAAAUUGCUAUGGUAAGAAAGAGAGCCCACCGUCGGAUGACAGAAUGAGCCCCAAAGUCCUCAUUAAGACUCUGGGAAAGUUGGAUGGGUGUUUGAGGGUUGAAUUUCACAACAGCAGCAGCAACAGCACAGUCUCUAAAGAGGAAUCCAGUGGACCAGUCCAACUCUUACGGUACUCACCUACGUUAGAGUCUGAAAAGAAUAAUGUGCUUGAAGUGAAGGAAACUUCUGGUACAGAUUAUGUUGGAAGUCAUUGUCUGUCAGCCACUGACUCAAGACUUAGGUCUAGUAAAGGGAGCUCCAUUAGCUCAGAGUCUUCAUGGUAUGAUGCUCCAUGGGGCAAUAAUGCAGAUAUGAAUGAAUUGGAUAGGCCGUACAUGUCCAGGAGCAUCCCAGAUGCAAGUAUUCAAGUUGGAUUUCUCCAGAAUGACUGUAAGAAACCCUUGAACCAAAGUUCAUCUCUUUCUUCCCUCCGUGAUUUAUAUAGGGAUUCUAAUCUAAGAAGCUGCCAAACUUCUGAUAUUGGACUUUCUGCAGAUUAUAUCAAUACUCAUGCCAGUUUAAGCAACCGUAUUUCAUUUACCUCAGCCAUAGAUGUUCCUUCUAAGGUGGAACACAGUGGACCUCCACAGUACUCUUCUUACACUCUCCCUUGCAGAAAAUCUAAAGCUCUUAAUGAGGAUUCAUCAAAGAAGGAAACAUUAAAAAGCCGUAUGCGCAGGAUCAGUGAUUGGACAGGAAGCCUCUCAAGAAAGAAGAGGAAGCUGCAGGAACCUAAAUGCAAAGAUUCAAAUGAAUUCUUUGUCACUGGAACGGAAAGCCUUUCUUCAGACACUCUUGCUCCUUCCCAUUUCUCUGGUUCUUUGUGGUCCCCUGGCUCUGGUCAGAUCUUCCCCCAGAGAAGUGUGUCUGCUAAUGCAAUCAGCAGUGAUGUUCUGAGACAGAACAUUUAUGAGAACUUCAUGCGGGAGCUUGACCUAAGCAGGACCAACAUUGAAAACACAGAUACUUCCACAGAAACUGAAGACUCGAGCAGCGAGUCGCUCAGCUCCUUAGAACAACUAGAUCUGCUGUAUGAGAAAGAACAAGGAGUUGUCCGCAAAGCCGGGUGGCUGUUCUUCAAACCUCUUGUGACCCUACAGAAAGAGAAGAAACUUGAGCUGGUUCCCCGGAGAAAAUGGAAACAGUACUGGGUAACACUAAAAGGAUGUACCUUGCUGUUUUAUGAGACUUAUGGAAGGAAUUCUAUGGAGCAGAACAGCUCCCCUCGAUAUGCCCUGCUUGCAGAAGACAGUGUAGUACAGUCUUGUCCGGAACACCCCAAGAAGGAGAAUGUUUUCUGUCUCAGCAACUCUUUUGGUGAUGUCUUCUUAUUCCAGGCUACAAGCCAGACUGACCUUGAAAACUGGGUUACAGCAAUACACUCCGCUUCUGCUUCUCUCUUUGCAAAGAAACUUGGGAAGGAGGAUACAAUUAGAUUGCUGAAAAAUCAGACCAAAAGCCUUAUCCAAAAAAUUGACAUGGAUAGUAAGAUGAAAAAGAUGGCUGAGUUACAACUCUCAAUUGUUAGCGACCCUAAAAACAGAAAAGCAAUUGAGAACCAGAUCCAGCAAUGGGAACAGAAUCUAGAGAAAUUUAACAUGGAUCUCUUCAGGAUGCGCUGUUACCUAGCCAGCCUGCAAGGUGGAGAGUUACCAAAUCCAAAGAGCCUUUUGGCUGCUGCCAGUCGUCCUUCAAAGAUGGCACUAGGAAGGCUAGGUAUCUUCUCUGUCUCAUCUUUUCAUGCACUGAUCUGCUCUAGAGAUGAGGCGGCGCUUAGGAAGCGAACACUUUCUCUGUCACAGAGGGUACGGAGCAAGAAAGGUUUGUUUUCCUCUCUUAAGGGACUGGACACUCUUGCAAGAAAGACAAAGGAAAAAAGGCCUUCUAUAACACAGAUUUUUGACUCAACUGGAGGGCAUGGAUUUACUGGAACACAGCUACUUCAGAAUUCCAGUAAUUCUAUUGAGCAGAAAGUAGAUGAAUUUCUAAAUGUGCACUGUUCAGCUCCAGAAAGUUCUGCAAAAGAAAGUGCCUGGGACAUCCAAUCAUUUGUUCACUUUCCUGAUGGCCAAGAAAUAAUGUUAGCUCUCAAACCAGAACACAGAGUAGAUGAUGUUUUGGCUCUGGCAUGCAAGAUUAAACAUCUGGAACCAAGACACCAUGGCUUACAACUAAAGAGACUCACUGAUGAAAAUAUUGAGUGCUAUAUUCCUGAAGCAUACGAAUAUAUACAAGACCAGAUAUAUGAUGAAAUAGAAAUAUUUAAUUUAAGUAUCUACCAUGUGCAUCUGACUAAGAAUGAGGGUAUGACUGAUUUUGGAUUUGCAGUCACUGCACAAGUCGAUGAAUACCAGCAUCUCACCCAUAUCUUCAUAAGUGAUGUUCUUCCUGAUGGGAUGGCUUACAGAGAAGGGUUGCGUGUGGGCAAUGGAAUCUUAAUUAUAAAUGGAGAAUCCGUAACUGAUCUUGACCUCAGACAGAUGGAAUUAUUGUUCUCUGAGAAAAGUGUGAAGUUGACUUUGACUACAAAUCUCAACAGCAAUAAGAGUGCAUUAUGCACUUCCUGGUCAGAUGGUGACAUUUCCUGGGAAGCAAGAAACUUGUUACCCCCUCCUAAUCAGUCACAACUCCUGGAAGAAUUUCUGGAUAACUUCAAAAAGAAUACCACAAAUGAUUUCAGCAAUGUGCCUGAUGUUACCACAAGUCUGAAAAGAAGUAGCACGGACGGCACUCUAAAUGAGGUUCCCCAAAAGGAGAAACUUGAGUUACCUUUCAAGAGCGCUGAACAGAUUUUGGCUUUGUGUCCACAUUUCCGCGCAUCUCAGGUAAACAGUAUGGAAGGACUAAAGAACAUACCCCCUCUAAAGCCAUUGGCACGUCAACUUACUGAUGCAGAUAGACUUAGGAAGGUCAUCCAAGAACUUAUGGAUACAGAAAAAUCUUACGUAAAGGACCUGAGCUGCCUCUUCCAAUUAUACUUGGAACCUCUUCAAAGUGAGACCUUCCUCACUCAAGAUGAGAUGGAGUCUUUGUUUGGUAGUCUGCCAGAGAUGCUGGAUUUUCAAAAGGUAUUUUUAGAGACCCUUGAAGAUGGCAUUUCCUCCUGCUCCGAUUUUAGUGUCCUUGAAACACCUUCUCAGUUCCGGAAACUGCUAUUCUCUUUGGGUGGCUCUUUCCUGUAUUACGCUGACCACUUCAAAUUGUACAGUGGAUUCUGUGCAAACCACAUAAAAGUCCAGAAAGUUCUUGAAAGAGCCAAAACAGAUAAAGCCUUUAAAGCCUUUCUGGAUGCUCACAAUCCAACUAAACAACAUUCUUCCACAUUGGAGUCCUUUCUUAUCAAGCCAGUUCAGAGGGUGCUGAAAUACCCAUUGCUCCUGAAAGAGCUAGUAUCUCUGACAGACACUGAAAGUGAGGAGCAUUACCACCUCACAGAAGCACUGAAAGCAAUGGAAAAGGUGGCCAGCCACAUCAAUGAAAUGCAGAAGAUCUAUGAGGAUUAUGGUGCAGUGUUUGACCAACUAGUUGCAGAUCAGAGUGGAACUGAGAAAGAGGUCACUGAACUUUCCAUGGGAGAACUUCUAAUGCACUCUACUGUUGCAUGGCUGAAUCCAUUCCUAUCAUUGGGCAAAACCAGAAAAGACCUGGAGCUCACAGUAUUUGCAUUCAAAAGGGCUGUCAUAUUAGUAUAUAAAGAGAAUUGCAAACUGAAAAAGAAAUUGGCAACAAAUGUCCGUACUACCCAUAAUCAUAGUGAGUUGGACUUGUUUAAAUUUCGUUGGCUGAUUCCUCUAUCUGCUCUUCAAGUCCGACUGGGCAAUACAGCAGGAACAGAGAACAAUUGCAUUUGGGAAUUGAUUCAUACAAAGUCAGAAUUGGAAGGAAGACCUGAAACAACCUUCCAGCUAUGUAGCAGUGAUUGUGAAAGUAAGACCAGUAUAGUCAAAGUGAUUCGUUCCAUUCUAAGAGAAAACUUCAGGCGUCAAAUAAAAUGUGACUCACCUUUGGAGAAAACAUGUAAAAGUCGCAGAGUCCUGCAUAAGAAUCGAAUUCCUGUUUCAGCAAAAUUGGCUUCCUCAAGAUCCUUAAAGAUACUGAAGAACUCUCCCAGUAAUGAAUGGCACCCUGAUGCAGGCAAAGUAAAUGAAUUGGAUUCAGAUGAAUACAGUCUGAGUAGCACUACUCCAAGUAGCAGUUGCCAUACUACCGAUAGCAUCCUGGAAUCUAAAAAUUCAUCUCCCAUGAAGCAUCUGCCGAAUUGUGCUUCAGAUUUUUCAAACAGUCCUGUCAAAGAAUCUGACAUUUUAAGUGAUGACGAAGAUGACUACCAACAGAUUCUAAAGAAAGGUAGUCCCACAAAAGACAUAGAAAUCCAGUUCCAGCGGCUGAAGAUUUCGGAGAACCCUAGUGAUGAUACAGAAGAAAAGUAUUCUUCCGCAAGUGAGUAUGGAGAUGGGGAAAGGGCAGGAGAACAUUCUAAACUAGUGCGUGCACACUUUUGCCCUAUUAAACGGAAGGUGAACAGUACAAGUCGUGAUAAAGGAACAUUACUGGCAAUGCAAGAAAGGCACCAGUCUCUUGACAGUCAUCCAGAUGCUGCAAAUUUUGACCUCAACUGUAUUUUAGAAAGGGAAUUUAGUGUACAAAGUUUAACUUCAGUGGUUAAUGAGGACUGCUUUUAUGAAACAGUAGACAAGCAUGGAAAGUCCUAGUUUGCCUGAUUCCAGCACCACCCUAUACAGAGAUUUGAUUUACAUAUUUUACUUUUAAAGGCUGUUAUUGUAACUUAAGAAGCUAACUAUCCAGUUUAAUGCACUGCUGUGUUUCCCCCCAGAAGUAGUUGUAAAGGCUUAAGUUAUUUUAAUUUAUUGUGGAAAAGAAAAAAAUAGAUUUAAGCUGCCCUAAAUCUGUAAAUCUAUUCCUUUUAAAUAAGAUUAGGUUAGAUUUUUUAAAUUUUGAAAAAGGGAUGAAACUAUUAUUAUCUAUGUCUUUUGAAAGAAGUCUAAACAACUUUAGUUGUUGGGCAUUUAACUUCCAGUUAAUUCUGCUUUAAGUAAAGCAAAUAUUAAGUUAUUUUUAAUUCAUCUUAGAAAAAUUAAAGUCCUGCACCAUGUUGCACUAAGAUGUU